CGGAAAAGCGCGCCGAUGCCCGGGCGUAGCUCUAUAAAAACGGAGAUGAGUCGCGGACGGAACUCAUCCUCCGACACUUGCCCGAAGUGCCCAACCGGUCAUCACCGAGUGCGAGUUCCGACCGACGCCUGACCCAUAACACCAUGCACAAGCUCGUUAUCCUCUUCGCCUGCAUCUGCGUUGUCGCCGCACAGCGGGGCUUCGCGCCGGUGGAGAACUACCCGCCGAUCCCGUACUCCUUCAACUACGCGAGCCAGGACGCCGAGGGCUCGCACACCCACGAGCAGAGCGGCGACGGCGCCGGACGCGUCACGGGACGCUACACCAUCCAGCUGGCCGACGGCCGCACACGCACCGUCACGUACACGGCCGACGAGAACGGAUACCGUGCCGAGGUCGUCACCAACGAGCUGGGCACCGAGUCCAAGAACCCCGCCGACGUUGUCUUCCAGUCGAGCGCCCCGACCGGACCUGAGGCCGCCAUCGCCAACGAGUCCAACCGACUCAGGGGCUAGGCGGCUACUUUGAGAAAAUUCCUUGCCGAUUGCGUCCGCUUGCCUUUUGUUUGUGACGCCAUGUUCCUUCCACGAAUAUCUCCAAGCCACUAACGCCUGGGGUUCCAGUGCGUCACAAGGCGUUGUAAAUUUUUCUUCUCCCUCUUUUUGCCUGAGAUUCUUUCUUAUCGUACUUAUCUUAUUCGUACGAUUCAACGCAUUCCUCUACGGUCCUUGUGUGAAACGUUGUCCUGUUAUACAGUUACCUACGCUCUUGUGUGACUCUCAAUCCCUCUUUUCCCCUGCUCGUAGGUGUAGAAACUCCAUUCCUGACUAGGGACCUCGUGGCUUGCAUUUUGCGCAGGCGGUCCUGCGUGAAGCUCGGGGUGGAUUCUCUUCGGUGUGGGCACAUCGUUGGGGCUUUGCAUUAAAAGCGGGUCGUGGCAGCCGCUGGUGAUCGGCUUUGCAUGAGGUACAUGUACUCUCUGAAGCGGGAUCUUCCCAUUCGUCACUCAUCGUUCCGGUUGUAGUUCUGUCCUCGUUUACACGUACCAAGUAGCGCGACGGGCUCCAUGUGCUGCUGCCUCAAGGGAAUGUCCUGCGUGCGUGUGUGUGUCCUGACGGCUCGUCGUCGUUGUCGCUACCUCCGCGUUCUGCGCCUGCAUCUUCACUACCGUGGGAAAAUGUUUGUCCGGUGUUGUGACUUUGGUGCAGACAUGUGCAUAAUAAAGAGUGAUACUCAUA